GACCACACGUGUUUUGGCACAGAGCGCGAGUUCACUCAGAGGCGGAAACAUGACAACGAGGUGGGGGAUUUGCACAGCCGGGAAAAUCAGCCAUGACUUCACCGUCGCCCUAAAAUCACUACCUCCCGAAGACCAUCAGGUGGUCGCAGUCGCCGCUAGUAAUCUUGAGCGCGCGCAGGAGUUUGCGCAGAAGCACAGCAUACCGCGCGCCUAUGGAAGCUACGAUGAACUGUCGAAUGAUCCAGAGAUUGAUGUGGUGUAUGUGGGUACCAUCCACCCCAGACACCGGCCUGUGAGCCUGCUGUUCCUGAGGGCCAAGAAGAAUGUGCUGUGUGAGAAGCCCCUGGCCAUGAACCAGAGGGAGGUCCAGGAGAUGGUGGCUGCUGCCAAGGCCAACAACGUCUUCUUUAUGGAGGCUGUGUGGACGCGGUUCUUCCCCGCCUCGCGUGAGAUCAGCCGGCUGCUAGCCCAGGGCGAGCUGGGGGAGGUGAAGAUGGUGCAGGCUGACUUCGGAGCACCCAUCGCACACAUCCCGCGCUCCGUGGAGAAGGAGCUGGGUGGGGGAGCCCUGCUGGACAUAGGCAUCUACUGCCUGCAGUUCAUACUCAUGGUCUUCAACGGGGAGAAGCCGGAGUGCAUUCAAGCCACUGGGGUCUGUCUGGACACCGGUGUGGACGAGGCCAUGGUGGUAACUCUGAAGUUCUCGCGGGGCAGGAUGGCCGUCUGCAGGUGUACCAUUGUGGCAGAGCUCCCUAACGCUGCCGUUAUAUCCGGGACUAAAGGCACCAUCAAGGUCCCUGAGCACAUGUGGUGCCCUACGUCCCUGGUGGUGAAUGGUAAAGAGACACAGUACCCGCUGCCAGAGCCCUACCUGCCCCUCAACUUCACCAACAGUACGGGCAUGCGCUACGAGGCAGAGGAGGUGCGCCAGUGUCUGCUCAAAGGGAUGAAGGAGAGUCCACGCAUGACGCUGGCAGACUCUACCCUCCUGGCUGAGAUUAUGGACGAGGCUCGACGACAGGUGGGGGUCACUUACAGUCAAGACUGCCAAACCAAAAAAAAGCAACAACCCGAGGGCCCUCCGAGAGGCGGGAUGGAAGAUGGGCCCAACAGGACGGACAACAGGAUGGACAACACGAUGACGACGGCAAUGGAAAAGGAUUACGAGAAAACCAGAACGCCAGGAAAUGAGGAGAAGAUCCUCCGAAAGUGUGCAUGUGGAUGGGAGAAAGUGACCACGUUUAGGGGCUUACGGAUCCACCAGGGGAAAGCAAGAUGUGGACAGAAGGGCCAACAGAAACCUUGCACUGCAACAGCAGGUGAGACAAGAGGGACCAAAAGCCAGGGCAAAAACCACAGAGCCAAUGGACCCAAUGUUGCUGAUGGCGUGAGGGUAGCAGAGCAGGAUGGUCCACUGGUGGAGAACGAGCCCCAACGCGAGCACGGAGACCCAGUCCUCACCACGCCAGACAGGGCAGAGGUAAACACAGAGACCAAGAUAGCCGCCAGAAGGAGUAAGUUCAAGUGGCCAACGUCCAGUGAAGCAGAAGCAUGGCGCACACUGGACACACACUUGAUCAAUAUCCUUGAGGAGUCACUGCAUGGAGGGGCAGAGGCCAAGCUCAAUCUGAUUGGAGACAUCAUAUACCAGACCUGCAAGGACAGGUUUGGUGAGAUUGUUCCCAGACAGAAGACCAUCCAAAGGGAGAAGGGACGGAGAGAAAAGGAAAUCCUCCAAAUGGUUCAAGGGCGACGGCAACUCUGCAAGAACUGGAGAAAGGCAACACAGGCAGAGAAAGAAGGGUUGAAAGCCUUGUGGGAGGAGGUCAGGAAGAGGCUAGCCAUGCUACGCAGAGCUGAGCGCAUCCGGAAACGCAGCAAACGGAAGCAAAAAGAGCGAGACUGCUUCUUCAAGGACCCCUUCAAGCAUGCCAGACAGCUGCUGGAGGAGAAGAAGACUGGCAAGCUCGAAACCACCAGGGAGCAGUUGGAACAGCAUGUCAGAAAGCAGUAUAGUGAUCCACAAAGGAGCGUCCCCUUAGGAACACCAGGAUACGUACCGCGACCUGCACAACCAACAGCUGAAUUCAACAUCAUGCCUCCCAAGCUCAGCGAGGUCAGGCAAGUUGUGGAGAAGGCAAGGUCCUCCUCCGCACCAGGCCCCAACGGAGUCCCCUACAAGCUCUACAAGAACUGCCCCAAGGUACUGGAGCUGCUAUGGUACCUAAUGAGAACCAUUUGGAAAAAACAACUCAUUCCAUCUGAGUGGCAAAGAGCGGUAGCAGUGUUCAUCCCAAAGGAAGCAAACUCCACAGAGAUUGGCCAAUUCCGUAACAUCGCCCUCCUCAACAUAGAAGGAAAGAUCUUCUUCUCAGUGCUAGCCAAAAGGAUGACCAACUACCUGCUCCAAAACAACUACAUCGACACCAACUGCCAGAAGGCAGGAGUGCCAGGUUUCCCAGGAUGUGUUGAGCACUCCACAAUGAUCUGGGAUCAGAUCCAGAGAGCUAAGCAGGACAAGACAGAUCUGCACGUCAUCUGGCUUGACCUGGCGAACGCAUAUGGAUCAGUCCCACACCAGCUGAUCACUUACGCCAUGGAGUUCUUCCACAUCAUUUUAUGCUUGGUUGCGUCCGUGCGUAUAAGUAGACCACCGUUUUGGUACAGAGGGCGAGUUCACUCAGAAGGAAAUAUGGCAACGAGGUGGGGGAUUUGUGCAGCCGGGGAAAUCAGCCAUGACUUCACCGUCGCCCUAAAAUCACUACCUUCGAAAGACCAUCAGGUGGUCGCGGUCGCCGCCAGUAAUCUUGAGCGCGCGCAGGAGUUUGCGCAGAAGCACAACAUACCGCGCGCCUAUGGAGGCUACGAUGAACUGGCGAAUGAUUCAGAGAUUGAUGUGGUGUAUGUGGGUACCAUCCACCCCAGACACCGGCCUGUGAGCCUGCUGUUCCUGAAGGCCAAGAAGAAUGUGCUGUGUGAGAAGCCCCUGGCCAUGAACCAGAGGGAGGUCCAGGAGAUGGUGGCUGCUGCCAAGGCCAACAACGUCUUCUUUAUGGAGGCUGUGUGGACGCGGUAUUUCCCCGUCUCGCGGGAGAUCAGCCGGCUGCUAGCCCAGGGCGAGCUGGGGGAGGUGAAGAUGGUGCAGGCUGACUUCGGGGUACCCAUCACACGUCCCCGCUCCGUGGAGAAGGAGCUGGGUGGGGGAGCCCUGCUGGACAUAGGCAUCUACUGCCUGCAGUUCAUACUCAUGGUCUUCAACGGGGAGAAGCCGGAGUGCAUUCAAGCCACUGGGGUCUGUCUGGACACCGGUGUGGACGAGGCAAUGGUAGUAACUCUGAAGUUCUCGCGGGGCAGGAUGGCCGUUUGCAGGUGUACCACCGCGGCAGAUCUCCCCAACGGUGCUGUUAUAUCCGGAACUAAAGGCACCAUCAAGGUCCCUGAGAACAUGUGGUGCCCUACGUCCCUGGUGGUGAAUGGUAAAGAGACACAGUACCCGCUGCCAGAGCCCUACCUGCCCCUCAACUACACCCACGGCACAGGCAUGCGCUACGAGGCAGAGGAGGUGCGCCAGUGUCUGCUCAAAGGGAUGAAGGAGAGUCCACGCAUGACGCUGGCAGACUCUACCCUCCUAGCUGAGAUUAUGGACAAGGCUCGACGACAGGUGGGGGUCAUUUACAGUCAAGACUGACAGUGACCUCUACACACACACAC